CGCAUGGCGGCGCCACGUCGCGUCAGACCGCACGCUCGACGCCAACACUGACCUACGACCCCACCUUUCUUCGCGUGCCCUCCCAUGCGGCCGCCAGCGUGGGGUUAACAAAGUAAUAAUAAUAAUAAAACUGACGGGAGAGGCGCGCAAGGGCGCGCUUUCUUUCUUGUCUCUUCUGUGGCGGGCGCUGAACCAAGAAACGAUGAGAGAGAGGGCGCGCGCGCGCAGUUCGGGGGCGCGCCUCUCUGGCUUUGUUCGUUCGGGGCUGCUAGAGAGGAGGUUUGCCCUCACUCUGUUGAAGUAGCGCUUCUCCUCAGAGACUUGGGUGGAGACUCGUUCUUCUCGCUUGCCCCGCCCCGUUAACGCUUCGCUUUGACCCGGGAAGGAGGAAGUGGGCUCUAGUUCCUUAGUGCUCUUCCCGGGCUGAGAGCAGACUUUGUGGGAGCUGCUGCGCCCCUUGCUCUGUACGAACACACACAAUGUUGUUUGUUCCUCAGUGCCAAAGAAACUAAUCGAUGUCACUGAUGAAGUUUCCUGAGGAUUUCUUUAUUUUGUUACAUUGAGAAUCUUGAACAGUGAAUUAUAAGCAUGUGAACCCCUGAUCAGUGAAUAAUUUCAAAACUACGUACUGAUGUCUUCAGAAUCAGAUGUAGUUAGAAAUACUGCUCAUGUUACCAUUCAGGAAGGAAGAAGCAAGUUGGAAUAAAAAUGGAUGUGACGACUCGAAGUUACUUGCUUCAGAAUUGCGAGGCUUUGGAAAGAGAUAUCAAGACUUCUUACAUAAUGGAUCAUAUGAUUGCGGAUGAAGCAUUAACACUGCUGGAAGAGGAGGAGGUGAAAGCGCAGACUACACAGAGAGAACGAGCAGCUAUGCUUGUAAAAAUAAUUCUUGCCAAAGAUAAUUAUGCAUACAUAUCCUUUUAUAAUGCGCUGGUUCAUGAGGGAUACAAAGAUCUUGCUGCUCUUCUCCAGGAUGGCAUCCCUAUUAUUUCCACUUAUAAUGGAAAGAGUUCUAUGGAUGGAGUAACCUCAUAUGUUAAGACUGUUCUCUGUGAAGGUGGUGUCCCACAGCGACCAGUGGUGUUUGUUACUCGUCCAGAACUAGUAAAUAGAGUUCAACAGAAGCUAUAUAGGCUAAAAAGUGAUCCAGGAUGGGUUAUUGUUUAUGGCAUGGCAGGAUGUGGAAAGUCUGUUUUGGCAGCUGAAGCCCUACGUGACCACAGUCUUUUGAAAGAUUGCUUCCCAGGAGGAGUACAUUGGGUUUCUGUUGGGAAACAAGACAAGGCAGGCCUGUUAAUGAAACUCCAGAAUCUUUGUCUGAGAUUAGACCAGGACUUCACCUAUUCGCAGAGGCCACCACUUAAUAUUGAGGAAGCUAAAGAUCGCCUUCGUUUGCUGUUUUUGCGCAUAUACCCAAGGUCUCUCUUGGUGCUUGAUGACAUUUGGGAUUCCUGGGUAUUGAAAGCCUUUGAUAGUCAUUGCCAGGUUCUUAUCACCAGUAGGGACAGGAGUGUAACAGAUUCUGUAACUGGCAGUAAAUAUGAAGUUCCUGUGGAAAGUGGACUAACACAUGAAAAAUCUCUUGAAAUAUUAUCUUUAUUUGUUAACAUGGAAAUAACAGAGCUACCAGAAAAAGCUAAUAGUAUUGUAAGAGAAUGCAAAGGUUCUCCUCUUGUGGUAUCUUUGAUAGGAGCAUUAUUACGAGAUUUUCCCAAUCGCUGGGAAUACUACCUUAGACAACUUCAAAAUAAACAAUUUAAAAGAAUAAGGAAAUCAUCAUCUUAUGAUUAUGAAGCACUCGAUGAAGCCAUGUCCAUAAGUGUUGAAAUGUUGCCAGAAGAUUUUAAAGACUAUUAUAGAGAUCUUUCUGUCCUUCAAAAGGAUGUUAAAGUGCCUUCAAAGGUAUUCUGUAUUCUUUGGGAUAUGGAGACUGAAGAAGCUGAAGAUAUAUUGCAAGAAUUUGUUAACAAAUCUCUGCUGUUCUGUGAUCGGAAUGGAAAAUCAUUCCAUUAUUACUUGCAUGAUCUCCAACUUGAUUUUCUUAUGGAGAAGAAUCGCUCUCAGCUUCAAGCACUACAUAAAAAAGUAGUUCUUCAGUACAAGAAACAUUAUAAGCAAUAUGUACCAUCACAAGAGGACUGCAUGUACUGGUAUAAUUUUCUGGCUUACCAUAUGGCAAGUGCCAGUAUGCACAAUGAGCUCUCUGCCCUCAUGUUUUCACUAGACUGGAUUAAAACUAAAACAGAAUUGGUAGGACCAGCUCAUUUAAUUCAUGAAUAUGUUGAAUACAGUCAAAUAUUGGAUGAAAAGGAUGCCAUUGCACGUGAAAACUUCCAGGAAUUUCUAUCUUUAAAUGGACACCUCGUGGGACGGCAGCCAUUUCCAGAUAUUGUACAGCUGGGCCUGUGUCAACCAGAAAGUUCAGAAGUGUAUCGUCAAGCAAAACUAAAAGCUCAACAAGAACUUGAGAAGGGAUCAUUUUAUGUGGAAUGGAUAAAUAAAAAAUCCAUGAAGAACACAUACCGUUUGGUUGUGCGUCCACAUACAGAGGCAGUUUACCAUGCUUGUUUUUCCCAGGAUAGGCAAAGAAUAGCUUCAUGUGGAGCUGACAAAACAUUGCAGGUGUUUAAAGCUGGAAGUGGAGAAAAACUUUUGGAAGUAAAAGCUCAUGAUGAUGAAGUGCUGUGUUGCACUUUUUCAGCAGAUGACAGAUUUGUUGCUACGUGUUCCACAGAUAGAAAAGUAAAAGUUUGGAAUUCUCGAACAGGCCAGCUUGUGUAUUUAUUUGAAGAACAUGCAGAGCAGGUCAACUGCUGCCAGUUUAGCAAUACACAUCAUCGCCCAUUUCUGUUAGCCACAUGCUCAAAUGACACUUUUAUCAAACUCUGGGAUUUGAACAAGAAAUAUUGUCGCAAUACACUGUUUGGUCACAGAAGUUCUGUUACCCACUGCAGAUUUUCACCAGAUGACAAGUAUGUGGCUAGUUGCUCAGCAGAUGGAACUUUAAAGCUUUGGCAUGUGCAUUCAGCAAAUGAACUGAAAACUAUUGACAUAGGAGACUUCUUCAGAAAUGUGGAUGAAUACCAGGAUGAUGUGGAAGUGCUAGUGAAGUGUUGCUCUUGGUCAUCUAAUGGUUCUACAGUGAUGGUGGCAGCCAAAAACAAGCUCUUUCUUUUUGAUGCUAAGACCAGUGAUUUGUUGGCAGAGGUUCUCAUAAGCCAUCACAGCACUAUUCAGUACUGUGACUUUUGUCCCAACAGUCAGAUGGUAGCUGUUGCUUUAUCACAUUAUUCUGUUGAGAUAUGGAAUAUUGAAUCCUCUUCCAAAAUAGCUGACUGCCGAGGACAUAUGAGCUGGGUGCAUUCUGUGACAUUUUCAUGUGAUGGGUCUUUAUUUCUCACUUCUUCUGAUGACCAGACAAUAAGGAUAUGGGAGACAAAUAAGGUGUGCAAGUCCUCGGCUGUUGUGUUAAAACGUGAAAUAGAUGUUUUGUUUCUGGUCAAUGAAGUGAUCAUCUUAGCCAUUGACAGUUUGAAGCAUUUGCAGUUAAUUAAUGGCUUCACAGGCCAUACUAUUUAUUUGACUGAAGGACGGGAGCCUUUCAUUUGCUGUUGUUGCCUAUAUGAAGAUCUGCAAAUUGCUGCAUUUGGAGAAGAGAACGGAACAGUAAAGGUAUUAAAUCUGUCAAGUGGGAAUGUUUUAAAAUCCAGGACUGGGCACAGGGAAGCUGUACAACACUGCCAGUUUACCUCUGAUGGGAAAACCCUUAUUUCAAGCUCUGAUGACUCAACUAUACAGGUAUGGAAUUGGCAAUCAGAGGAAUGCAUUCUCCUGAAAGGUCACAAGGAACCUGUCAAGAAUUUUCACCUUCUAAAACACUCAAGACUUCUUUCAUGGUCAUUUGAUGGGACAAUUAAGCUGUGGAACACAGUUACUGGAGAAUUAGAAAGAGAUCUUAUUUGCCAUGAAGAUGCUAUUCUUUCUUGUGCUGUUUCACCCAAUGCUACUAUGUUUAUCACUACUUCUGCGGACAAGACUGCCAAGGUAUGGAGUUCUGAAAGUUCAUCUGUUCUUCAUGAGCUGCUUGGUCACAAAGGCUGUGUGAGAUGCUGUGUCUUCUCCGUUGACAAUAAAUUGCUGGCCACAGGGGAUGAUAAUGGAGAAAUACGGGUAUGGAAUGUCUCUAGAGGUGAGCUGCUUCACCUCUAUUCCCGUGCUUCAAUAGAUGAAGGAGAAUCAGCUCAUGGAGGCUGGGUAACAGACCUUUGCUUUUCCCCUGACAGUAAGAUACUUGCUUCUUCUGGGGGAUACAUAAAGUGGUGGAAUGUGGAUACUGGGCAACCCCUACAAAUAUUUUACACAAAUGGAACAAAUCUUAAAUCGUUACAUGUGUCUCCAGAUUUCAAAGUGUUUGUGACUGUUGAUAACCUUGGCAUUCUUUACGUGCUACAGAUUAUGAAAUAAAUCUGUUUACGACUGAUUAGGACAGCUGUUGUAACUGCGGUGUUUUGAGCCAGAAGCAAAUUCCACAAAAACGUUAACUUUCAUUAAACUGUGAAGUGAUUUUUACUUUGGUAUGAAUUACAUGUAUGGUAAAUUUGUAAACUUUGCUGAAUCAGUAAAUAUUUUACCUUUUGUGUUUUGAUCAGCCUAGUUAAAAGUUUGAUUUACAUUGUAUAUAAGUAGGUUUUCCAAUGGUUGGUUACAUUGUGUUGGAUCCAUACUAAGUCAUGCUUUAGUCCCACUGAAAUCAAUGGGACUAAUUAGUCAGGACUGAAGUCCUACUGAUCCAAUAUUUAUACAAAUUAUAAUGAUCAUUGGAAGGUGAAUUACCAACCUUAUGAUAAACUGAAAUAUUUUCACUGAUCUAGUGUCAAAUGUUUCUAAACCAUAAGUACAGUUUUAUAAAAUGCCAUAAACCUCUGCUUUACUAUGUGCAAUUUUGUCUUAAGACAUAGGGGUAGAGGAGUGUCUCUCUGUGUGUGUAUUAAAAAAAUAUCCUGUUUAAUAUUUAAAGAGGGUUGUAACAGCCUUGAUGUACAAUGUGAAUAAUUAAAAACUUCAGUAAAAUGAAAUGCCAAACAGUACUAAUAUGUUACUAAAAGGAGUAGCAGAUUCAUGCUUCUCAGACAUAGCCUUGGUUUGCACAGAACACUGAGCCAAUUUUAAAUGUAGCUGCAUUUUAAAAAAUAGCAUAUCUGGCAUUUUUCUAAAUUGUUUUUCUUCAGUCUUGUGUUAGGAAAUAUUUAAUUGAAAAUGACAAUAUGAAAUAAUUCCUGUUGAGUGUAAUCUCUGAACAAUGUGUUGUGCCCAUUCAGUCAAAUUCUAGUCAUACUAAAGGCAUGGGAGCCCAUACAGUAAUGUCAGAAGCUCCACAUCAAAAGGGAAGAGUGCACAUUGUGGCUGUUUUCCAUGCUGGUGUCAUUGAGGCCUGUGAGUACACACCACGUCCCUAGGAUUUUCACCACUGAUGUCUAUGGAGUUUAUGAGCAAGCUGAGGAUUGCAAAGAAAUAACUAUGAUUUCUAAAUACAAAAGCAAUUUCUAAUAAUUAUAGCAACUCCAUAGUAAUACUUGUUUAAAAGUUUUUGCAAUCUGAAGGUCCAUUUCAGUACUGCUCAUGUUGUAUGUUUCAGGUUAAAUGUAAUCAUUGCCUUUCUGUAUAUGCCAAACUUUGUUCUUACCUGUUAAAAACAAUAACAUAAUCCUAUCAGAUAAUGUUAAAGUGUAUUAACAAAUACUCCAUAUGGAAGUAAAAAGAUGAUGUGCAUGAGCUGUUGAACUUUGUCUUUGAUCCACAUUUUUUUUCUACGAAAUAUGUAUUGGAGCACUAUGUUG